GAACCGCCUCCCGAAGGCAGCGGCUGCACCUGGCCGCGGACGACGGAUUUGUUGUCUGCCAGACCAACGACUCAGCCGGCACGGGCGGGGCCGGCGGACUGAGCGUCCCGGAGUCAGCUCAGCUAGGGAGGGAGAUGCCGCCGCCGCCCCGAGAGAAGCCCCAGCUUUGCCUGCCGCUUCCGUCGGACGUCCCUUCGAAGAAAGGCCGGGCGCGGCCCUCCCCGCGAGCCCACCCGCCUCAAGAGGCUCCCACGCCCUCGGACCCGCACGUCUCCCCGGGAACUGCCCCGCCUUGCCUCCCCGGGCAGGGGGUCGCGCGUUCCGAAGGCGGCUCCGGGUCUUCUCUACGCUCAGAGGGCAGCGUGGCAGAGGCCACCGCCUUGCGCUGGACAACAGCACGAGCGCCUCUUCCGCCUCGGCCCUUCGCCUGAGCGCCACGCUCGCCCUCCGCUGCCCCCGAGGGGACGGCCGAAAGCGCACCGGGCUCUCCUGCCGCCGACCGCCCCCAGCCCACCCCUGCCAGCCAUGGUGACUCUUGAGGGCGCGUCUGCCGCGGCGUCGCCUGAGGAGUGGACGGGGCCGGGGCCGGGACCGCCGAGCCCGUCCGCCUCGGGGGCCGCCGCCGCCGCCUCUUCUGCCCGCAAUUCUCCCGCGGGUCCUUCCUUGCCGCCGCCUCCGCCUCCGCCUCCGCCCCCGCCGGCGGCCAUGAGCCUGGUCGACGCCGCGCCCUGCGAGCGGGCGGCCGACAAGCCCUCAGCGCGGCGCCCGGUCCGGCUACGGAACUUCAACUGGGAGGCCAUUCCGGCGGAGCGCAUCCGCGGGCGUCCCAACCUCUGGACGGCGGCGCGACGGCGCGGCGAAUGGACGCCCGACUGGCGUCUGCUGGAGGAGCUCUUCGGCCAGCGGCCGGAGCCGGCCGGCAGCAGCCUCCGAGCCGUCCCCGCGACGGAGCAGGCCUCCCUUUUGGAUGCCAAGAAAAUCCUGAAUCUGGGAAUCUUCCUCAAGCAGUUCAAGAGGCCAGUUCAAGACAUCGUGACUGAUAUACACCAUGGCACUGGAGUCCCUUAUGGACCGGAGAAGCUGCUGGAGCUCUUUAAAAUGCUUCCUGACAGGAAGGAGGUGGAGAAACUGGAGUCUUUCCAGGGUGACCGGAGCCACCUCUCUGAGGCCGAGGUCUUUGCACUGCUUCUCGUCCAAGUGCCCAGCUAUGCCCGUCGCCUGGAGCUCCUUGUGCUGAAGCUGCAGCUGCUCCCCCAGCUCAGCGCCCUCCAGUCGGCCAUCCAGACCCUGACCAAGGCAGCCUUGGAGCUGCUGGGUUGUGAAGAACUGCACGACCUCAUUCGGCUGGUGCUGAAGACAGGAAACUACCUGAAUGAGGGAGGCUAUGCUGGCUCUGCCUGCGGCUUUCAUGUGUCAUCCCUCCUGAGGUUGCCAGACACAAGGGGCAACCAACCAGGCAUGGAUCUCCUGCAUUUUGUGGCCUUGGAGGCUGAGAGGAAGGACCCCAGCCUUCUGCAUUUUUCCCGUAAGCUCCAGCACGCGGCCCCUGCCUCACGGAUUAAUGCCCAGGAAGUGGCAGCAGAAUUGCAGACCCUGGAGCAGCGUCUCUUGGGAGCUCAGGGGGACCUGGAGGGUCUGGGCUUGGAGGGCCAAAUGGGGCCCUUCUUGCAUGUGGCAGAGCUGGAACUCCGGGCUGUGAAAGCUGCCCAGCAAGACCUCCAGCGGGUCACAACCAGGCUUUCCGACUUCCUUUGUGAAGACCCCGAGGCCUUCUGCUUGCCCGAGUGUUGCGGCAUCUUCCACGCCUUUGGAGAGCGUUUUCUCAUGGCCAUCGAGGAGAACCAGACCCGGGAGGCUGCCAUGCACCGAGAGCAGCAGCGGAGGCAGCAGGAGCAGGCAAAGCAGAAGCGGCGCUCCAUUGCCACCUGCUCCUCCCAGGACCCUGGCCUUCAGGACAUGGACCCAGUCCUGUUUGCCCUCUGGGCUCCUUCCUCUGGCCGCCGCAACCGCCCUCUGCGAGGUCCUCGCCCCUCUGCAGGGAGCUCUCGGGGACAGGAGAGGUCCCUGCACCUCAACCGGCGCCACACACUCACCAUGCUGCCCCCUUGCCCUAAGCCCCUUGAGGCUGCCCCUGAGCCCCCUCCCCCAGCCCCCCUGAGUCAUAGCAAUAAGCCCAGGUGCUUCAGCCAGAACCUCAAGGUCUUGCUCAGCACCCACCCAGCCGUGCCUGCCUCCCCCACCUCUGCCCAGGGCCCCCUUUCCCCCAGCACCUUCCGCCUGCCUGCCCUCUUCCAAGUGAAGGGGCCAGAGAGCCCCGCGUCUCCCAUCUCCAAGGAGGUCUGUAGCCUGGUGGGAUUCCUGCGUCGCCUGAGUAUAGGGGAGAAGCCCCGCAGCCCCUCCUAGUCCAAGGCUGGGUCCCUAGUCUAGCAAAGGGAGCUGUCCCCUGUGCCCCUCCAGCCCCUCCUGUUCCCUCCAUGUGGGGGGCCAGACGGGGGCUGUUUUAACCUUCCCUUGUUUAUCUGCCUUGACUGGUGUUAAGUGACUACUUUGUUUACACUCAAUAAACCUUUUUCAACUCCC